GCUCAGUAUGUCUUUGAUAAAUAUAUAUAUCGACGUUGGAUAGCACCCCAAGAUGGCUUUAACCGAGCGAGAUAGCAUCUCAAUCGCUCAACUGAUUGUUUUCUUAUUCUCAUUAUUUGUCGCUAUAUGGUUAGCAAUACGCCACGGCUUCGGCCGCAACGCAGGAUGGUUCUACCUUAUCAUUCUCUCGCUCGCCCGUAUUGUCGGAGCAUCGCUACAACUAGCCACCAUCUCAGAUCCCACCAACGUUAGCCUGCAGAUCGGAGCAGUAACCCUACAAAGCGUCGGCCUAUCCCCGUUAAUCUUGACCCAACUUGGCUUAAUCGGGCGUGCCCUCGCAAGCAUCCAAAAAUCGACAACGGCAUUUAUAACCGUGAACAGAUUACGCCUCGUUCAAACCCUGACGUUGGUGGGUCUAAUCUUGGGUAUAAUCGGUGGUACUCAGGCCGGCCAAAAUGUCGCCAAGACGGGCCAGUACACAGUAUCAUCUUUAUCGCAAGCGGGCAUAGGCCUUACGAUCGCUUCGUUCGCACUACUAGUCCUCGCUACUUUAUUCGUCGCGCAACAGAUCUCAUACGUGGAAUCCGGCGAGAAACGACUAGUCCUAGCUGUAGGACUUUCUCUUCCUUUUAUUCUUGUCCGAUUGGUCUACUCGGCGAUAUCAGUAUUUGGAAACAAUCCCUCCUUCAACCAACUGAAGGGCAACGCCGAUAUCCUGCUUGGAAUGUCCGUCCUUAUGGAGAUGAUUGUUGUUAUCAUUGUCGAGGGUAUCGGGAUGACAUUAAAGACCGUUCCGAAAGGUGAACGUGUCGCAUCAACGUCUAGUAGUUAUCAACAAAACGGACGACACGACGAGACUAGUUAUGAGAUGGGCGGAUAUAGAUAAGCUUCAAUUAUCUCGCUGUUUAAAGAGUAUAUAACAAGGGAGUUUCUGGUCUGGAUUUUUAAAGGAUUAUGAUGGAUAUUUAAAGUAUAUUAUGAUGAUAUGAUUCUUGUACCUAUAGAUUUAUAUAAAUGAAGUUGUAUUUUAAUGUUGGUUCUGAAAAAUCUAUUACUUGCUUAAUUACAAGGGGUUUCCAGCGCCCCGGAUUCG